UCUCUGAAUUAAACAAGGAAGUGAUUGGGCUCAUGUUCUACUGUAGCUCCAACCUAAGUGAGCCUAACCGGUGCAUGUCAAUGAGCAGCAGUUUCUCCAGCAGCUCAGGCCAUAUAAAAACAUUUCCCCGUCCAUGGCAGCAGUAGCCUUGGAGCUGUUUCCAUUCACUGACCGGGGAGGCCCUUUUAGCCACAUGGAGGAGGACUUGGCUGCGCUCGUCUCGGGACAUACAUCGCCGGUUAGACUUCGCUAUCUAAAGGGGAAUGUAAAAGAGGAGCAGGUGUAACGGGAGGCGGAGGAGGACUGUUUUAACGCCGCGGCAGACGCCAAAGCCAUCAGCCGCUACUAGGUCAACGCUCCCAUUUUAUCUUGCAGAGGUGCACUUGACUCUUUGGCUCCAUGGCGCAGCGCUCCGCUCACCCCGCCGCCCCCAUCGCGCUGCUGCUCUUCGGACUUGUUGCCAUCCUGCUCCUGACCAUCCCCACCAGAGACGUCCAGGAGGCACCGGGGUUCAUGUAUGGGAUUGUCUUGGAUGCCGGAUCUUCGCACACAGCUUUGUAUAUCUACAAGUGGCCAGCAGAUAAGCAAAAUGGCACAGGCGUGGUCACCCAGCACAGUGAAUGUCAUGUUAAGGGUGGAGGGAUCUCCAGCUAUGCAGGCACACAGGGAGCAGCAGGGCAGAGCUUAGAGACAUGUCUGGACCAGGCAGUGAAGGACAUCCCAAAAGAAAGACACCAGCUCACACCUGUGUACCUGGGAGCCACAGCUGGCAUGAGGCUUCUAAGGAUCUCAAACCCAGAGCUGGCAGCUCAGAUUCUGCAGGAAGUGGGCCACAAAAUCCAGUCCUACCCUUUCAGCUACCAGGGGGCGGUCAUACUGAGCGGUCAGGAGGAGGGGGCCUACGGCUGGGUCACCGUCAACUUUCUCUUAGAGAACUUCAUAAAGUAUGGUUUUGUGGGGCGCUGGUUCAGCCCCGGCAGGCCCACGGUGGGAGCGCUUGAUUUAGGAGGGGCAUCUACUCAGAUAACGUUUGCUACUCAGGAGGAAGUAGAAGACGAACACGACAUGAUAAAGCUGCAUCUUUAUGGGCAGACAUACUCUCUGUACACACACAGCUUCCUGUGCUACGGGCAGGACCAGGUCCUCAAGAGACUGCUGGCGCGUAUAGUGAAGUCUCAGGGCUACUCCGGGUCCGUCAUUCACCCCUGCUAUCCUGCAGGCCACAAUCGUACUUUGAAGUUGAACAGUAUAUUCAAUUCUCCUUGUACAGCAGAGUACAAACCCAGCUCCCACAACUCCCAGCCCUCCCUGACAAUACAAGGCAGCGGACAUUACGAACACUGUCUGAGCAACGUGUCUGAGAUCUUCUCCUUCGACAGCUGCCCUUUCUCCCAGUGCUCCUUUGAUAAAGUCUUCCAGCCCAAUGUCACCGGCAGCUUCAUGGCGUUCUCUGCAUUCUUCUACGUUCACUCCUUCCUUCAGCACACCACCGGUAUCACAGCGAAAACUCCUUCACAACUGGAAGCAGCAGCCAAAACUGUGUGCUCGAUGACUUUCAACCAACUGCUGCUUCUGGCUCCACAGCAAAAGUCUCGUUUGCAGGACUACUGUGCUUCCUCUGUGUUUGUUAAGAUUCUCAUGUUGAGAGGUUACAGCUUCGAUGAGACGUCGUUCCCACGCAUUUCCUUCCAGAAGAAGGCAGGGGAUGCCUCGGUGGGCUGGGCUCUGGGCUACAUGCUGAGUUUGAGCAGUUUGCUGCCGGCAGAGACGGUGGGGCUGAGGAAGGCCCUGACCCCGGGAGCGUGGGGAGCACUUCUCUUUCUCUUUGUCCUCCAGAUUGCAGCAGUCCUGGUCUUUAUCUUACUCCGAGCUUGUGUUGGGAAGAAGAAAGGAGGCAGUGAAAGCACCAUCUAGAUACUGUAACAAACAUACAGUGCAUUUGGAAAACAUUAAGACAGCCAUAGGUUUUUGUCUUUGUUGGCUCUAUUCUGUGAUUGCAAAGGAUUUGACUAAAACUGCAUAGUUAGAAUCACAGUUAUGUUGACUUUCUGUUUACUCUUUGUAUCCUUAAAUUAUGGGGCUGUAUAAAAACGGCCUUUUUUAAAUUUCAAAUCAAAUGUACUGGAGGAGAGAGCCAACGCAAUGAAACUGUGUCACUGACCAAGAAGAAAGUUGGACUCCCCUGGUCCCCUGGUGGCACUGGCACUACAGGGGAGGUAGCAAUGUCAUUUUUAUUCUUGAAAAUUCAAACCAUUUUUUUAUAUGUGGAAUUUAAAGAAUGGAAAUUGUUUUUUGUUUUUUUUAGAAAAUGUGACUGUAUUCUUAAGCAUAU